UUAGCCUCACCCCCUCCUCCCCUCGCUCACUGUUUAAAUAUUCUUUGCCGGCGCAGCAGAGAGCGUCGCGUAGUUUUGUAAAGAUUGUUGCGGUGUGUCGCGGAAGCAGGGUUAGCCUCGUUUAAGUUGCGAGGCAAGGGUGUGUUUGGCUAAGGGAGUCUGGUGGAGGUUUUUGUUGAGGAAGGGAUGGUUGUGUAGGGUGGAAAGUGUUGUGGGAGACUGUUGCGAAGGGAAGCGGAAGGAGAGGGAUGGAUUGUUCUUGUAGUUCCGGGGAGUUGGCGGGAGUCUGGAAAUGGUAGUGCAGUUGUUUUUUGUGGAGGAGAGUCGGUGUUAGAGGAGGUUUUAUGAGGGAGUGUUAAUGCUAGGGUUUAUGUCCUUGUUUUUAGCUCAUAUUGAAUUGUAGACCUAGGGAUUGUGUGUGGAGUUUCUAUUGUGGUGUUUGUUCCCUGUGAGCUUUGGACGACUGCGUUUUUUUUUUUAUUUUUUUUUUUAUUUUUUAUUCUAGCCAGCGCUGUUAGGCUCACCGUCUUGCAUAGUUUUGUUUCACUGCUACCCUACUACGGCUGCUGAUUACAUCUCGCUGGAAAGAUUUAUGAGCAAAUUGUUUGUUUCUGGAUUGUACAUUGUGUUUCUGAAGUAGCACCGCUAAUGGUGCUAGCCUCGUGUAGUUUAUGUUUUUAUUUCGACGCCUUGGUUAUUUAUCCUAUUAGUUUCGCUUGCUUAAGGUGAUUGUUUAAGUUUGAGUUGGUCAUUAUUAGGUUAGGGUAGUAAGUUACCUUUUCCACUUUCUAUUUGUGUUUAAUUUUCAUGAAAUGACAGAGAAAACAUGUAAUGCUGUGGUCAGCGAUUGUUUUCCUCGAUUGAAAUAAUUGAAGUUGUUCGCCUCCUCUUACAUUGAUCUUUACAUUUAAACAUCUACUGAAAUUGUAAUGCUGGAGACAGAUAUGAUCCAGUGAUAGCAAUGGUACCGAGAGAAUUCGUUACAUUAUCGAAAUGCAAACUAGAUGCUUGAUUACGGCUCGUCCAUCAUGUACUAUCCUCUUCGCCAUGAGUCUAAUGCCAACAAAGAGUCUAUGCUAAACAGCUCGGCUACAUCACUACUUGAUGGCUCCGCAAGCACUGCUAGACCCUUCGGAUCUUAUUCUUUCACGCCACAAUCAGGGACAACACCCGGUUUUCACCACGCAGGUAACCUUCAAGGAUUGCAUAAUCAGGGCAACUACAAUAUGCAGACUAUGCCAAAUACAUUGUCCUCUAGAAACGCAGGGUAUGGAGGGCCUUCUAGCGCCGCUCAUCAAUCUGGUGGUGGCGUGUCUUCUGGUCGGUUCUCAAUCAACAAUCUUGGCGUUGGUCUCUCUCAGUUGUCGCAGGGAGGGCUUCAAGGACAGUCGUCAAUGACGAAUCGCACAGGAUCUAGUGUAGUGGGAAAUCAUUCCUUCAGCAACAACGUGAACGGAGUCGGGGGAUCUGGUGUAGGGUCUCCUGGGUCUAGCUCCAUUUCAAAUCGUGGCUCGUUGUCAGGUAUGGGAGGAUCACCGUCGCUGAUGGGAAGUGUUGGACCCCGUUUAACAAGCUCUGUCGGGGGAGCGAGUCUCGCUGGAGGGGGUGGACUUACAAGAGCGUUGAAUGCAGGGGGUAGUGUGAAUAUGCAAAAUUUGAAUAAUUCACGUGUGAAUAUGGGACAAUUUAGCUCUAGCAGUGGGAUUGGUGUGCAAGGCCCAGGGCGGCCUGCCAAUUCUCUACUGCAACAAGGUGUAAACAUGUCUUCAUCCUCUUACAAUCCUUCAGGGGAUCUCCUGGCCAUGCUUAGUCGAGCAUCACCUCAAGGUGUCUCCUCCAUGUUGGGGAACAAUUUUUCUACGUCUCCAAGCUCAGGCAUGCAAGGGCAAUUUCACUCUGCAAAUGGCCAUAUUGGAGGCAUGAGUCCUAGCAGUGUUGGGAACGGGAAUGAUGGCGUGGCUUUCGAUAUUAAUGACUUUCCUCAAUUAACAACUCGGCAAUCACCAUCUGGAAGUAUGCAGGGAUCUGUAGGUGGCUUGAGAAAGCAAGGAAUCAACGCCAUAGUUCAACAAAACCAGGAAUUCAGUAUUCAGAAUGAGGAUUUUCCCGCCUUGCCUGGAUUUAAAGGUGGGAGCCAUGAACUAUCAUCUGAACUGCAUCAACAUCAAAAGGAUCAGCAGCACGAUUUAUCUAUGCAAGCGCAACACUUCUUGAUGGGGAGGUCUACUGGAUUUUCGCAGGGAGGUAUCUAUGCAACGAACCGACAUUUGUUGCAGCAGCAGCCAGCUGGAAACGUCUCUGAUCUACAACAUCUACAUGCUGGUGUUGCGGAUUCAUUCUCUUCAACUCGUGGUCUCUCUGCUUCUUAUCACUCUCAGACAGGUACUCCAGGGUCCAGUGCAACGCAAGUGCAUCGGUCUGGGGUUGGUGGAGCAUUAGGUCAAUAUGAUCAGAACUUGAACUAUCAACACCAGUCUCCUUCGAGAACUGGAGGGACGUUUACUCAACAACAGCAUCAAGCAGGGAUGACGGGAACACUUCGUGACUCUUUGAAGCAAGGGGGCUCAGCUCACCAGCCUGACCGUUUUGGUUUACUAGGUUUAUUGAGUGUAAUAAGGAUGAGUGAUCCAGACUUGACAGCGUUAGCUUUGGGUACGGAUCUUACGACCCUGGGACUGAAUCUUAACUCGAGGGAGAACUUGUACAAAACAUUUGCUUCUCCGUGGGCUGACGAACCCAUUAGAGGCGAACCCGAUUUUGUGGUUCCUCCAUGCUAUGACCAGAAAGCUCCACAACUGCAGCCGAAUCACUUUACCAAGUUCCAAGAUAAUACUUUGUUUUAUAUCUUUUACAGCAUGCCAAGAGACGAGGCACAAUUGUGUGCGGCCAAUGAGUUGUUAAAUAGGGGGUGGGUCUUCCAUAAGGAACUCAAGAGAUGGUUGAAGCGUGCUCCGAAUAGUGAGCCAAUGGUCAAAACUCUGACAUACGAGCGUGGCACGUUUUACUUUUUGGAUCCCGCCACUUUGGAGAUGGGAUGCAAGGAAAACUUUGUACUGCACUACGAAAUGUUGGAGAAAUGUCCAAACCUGCCUGCUCAACAGUGAACGGACGAGACAUGCUUAGCUGGGUGAUCUGCAACGGCGUAUCCGAUUUCAGGGCUUUUUUAAUGUUUUUCAGAUGUUCAUACUUGUUCCAUUUUCUUUAAUGAAUGUAGUUGACCUUGCAGCUUUCAACUUCGAGUCGACUUUCUCCAGUUUAUUUUGUAUUGUGAGCUUCCAGUCCUGUCGGUUGAACAACGCUGGCUGAGUUGCAACGGGCAUUGUGGGACUUAUUUUGGUAAAUAGUUGCGGAGUACUGAACUUUUGCUUGAUAUUAUGUGAUCAAA